AUGCGAAUGGCAGUCGGAUACGCUGUCAUUGUGGUUAUAACGCAGAUCAAAAUGCCCUACUACGAGGACUGCGGCACGCCUGGCCGCAAGAGCGGUGAAGACCUAACGACCGCAUGGAAGAGAUGUGCUGACGACUACGACUGCUCUACUAAAUGCGUGAACGCGUACAUCAACCGCUACAAGGGUGGAUGUGCAUCAACUGGUGAAGGAUGGCCUGUAAGUGAUGUCUCGCCUUCACAAUGGUGGACCAUCUGGAUGCAAGAUCUCCGGCACUGUUGGAUACUGGAACGCUAUCAAAUCGUGCUGUGGAUGCUCAUAAACCCCACAACCGGAAAGCCCCACGAAUUACGUCGUAAAAAGAGCCACUCAGGUGGCCGUAGUACACAGACAAUUCCUAAUAAAACCCGUACUUUUGUGUUGGAUUCCAAUAAAGUGCAUUCAAACCGG